AUCAUUUUCUUCAUUAUUAUGAUUAUUUAAUUUUUUUAAUCGCAACAGGUACAUCACAGCCCACAAACACUUCAAGAGAGCCACAUGCAACUGUGGGAUCGGAAAUGCCGAGCACAAGCCAUCGAGGUGAGUGGUACUAUUUCCACUUUCAUUUGUUGAUCUGUUAUCAUUGGCUUGUUUAUCCAUAUUAUAUUUGUUUUGAAUUUCAUCGUCACUAUGGAUAAACAAAAACGCACAAUGAGAAAUUAAUAUUUAUUGAUAUUUUUAGUAUUCACAAUUUUUUCAUUAAUUUAUUAAUAAUUGUUAUAAUUGGAACGUAUAUAAUGAGUGUAUUGGAGUGUAUAUUAUGAAAUUUUUAUUGAUUGGACCUUUAAAAUGUUAUACAGAAUAUGUUUUGAAAAAAAAUGAUAUCAAGUGAAAUCAAAUAAAACUUGAAGAAAAAAAGGGGUUCUCUCAUCUGAAAUAUGAUCUUAAUCAAAUUGUAGUGAUAUUUCUCAAAACCCAUCUUAAGACUACAAAACUUAUUUCUAGAGCAUUAUUUGGUCAGUUCAAAGUACCUUUGCACUAGAUUAACGCUGAUGCUAGAGAUAUUUAUGUUCUUAAUUAUGGAAAGAUUCCCUUCUUAUAAACAACUUUGUUUCUUUUCACACUGUAGCUGAAGUACAUCAAAGUGUGUCCAACACUAGACGGUAUCUGCCCAGCCAAUUUAAGAAAGUUCUCAAGGAAGCAGACCAAGAGUGGAUCGCUAAUAUACUUUAUACCGGUCAAGGGAAACUGCGAGACCACUUCCCGGCACAGAACUGGUAUCAUCCCCCUCCUCCUCAAAAAUUGUCUGGAGCUCCGCCUACUCCAGGAGAGUACUUCAAGCAGAGAAUGUUUUUGUGGGCACCCAUGCGAAUGUGGGGGAUCCCACUGCAUUGCCCCACAUGCAGAUUUCACCUAAGUCAUGCUGGGAUCUACACAAAAGUCAGAGAAGUGAUAGACCUAGAUUCUAGGUACUAUCUUGUCGGGGCAGAAUAUCCCAGGUGCAAUAGAUGUAAGGUGCCAGUUUGUCCCUGGAGUGAGGAUCUGCUAAGGCAGCUGGACCCCAGUCACCGCAGCAGAUUUCCUGCUGUUUUGACACAGCGUCUCGCUCUUGACAAGAAGUGUCUGACGCUGAUGAAGCCUCGCACGGAAGGGAACAGCUCCAGUUAUAAUCAACAGGCACUGGAUGAAAUUCACAGUGAAGAAUGGGGGCGAAAAGUUCUCCAGUACUUCACUGCUUGUGAAUUGCAUCAGAAGGGAACUGCCUUCACAAGAUUGUCAAGUCCUUACGAUCCUCCCCCGAGAUACACACCUCUUCCGCUUGCUCAAUGGUUUGAGACAGCCCAUGCCAACAACAUCUUGGCCCAUCUAGAUGAGCACAAAGGAGUGUUAACCUCCAUGUAUGGCAGAUUUCUGAAGAUUGACUCCACGAAAAGGGUAAACUAAUGAUAUUUUUUGAACUGUAUAAAAUGAUUGUUAUUUAACUUGAUUUCUCAAAGAAUAAUUUAUUUAUUUUACAAUUAGGCAUGUAAGGAGUGAGUAAAAUGGCUUUUUAAUUUUCACAAUGCAAUUCUGACAUAAUGUGAAUUGGAUAAUCUGUGCAGUUGAAUCAGUCAAACAGCUAGGAACUUUUUUCUAUUGACCCACUGUUUGUGCUGUGAAAGGCAAAUAAAUAUGGCUCUAAUGCGCAAGCACUUACUGCCAUCAGAAAAAGUCCAGUAAAUAUUGAUUGCUCAUGUAUAUUUUUUUUUCCAGAUUGGCCAUAGACUUGGCUCUGGUCAUUUCUUUAUACACAUCAACCUGAUUUAGAGUUAACUCGUCUGGCUAAAGACAAAUGACAUGUUGGCUUAAGUCAUGGAGGAGUAGGAUUUCAUACAUUCAUUUAAAUUAGGAAACAGUCCAAAAUCAGAUUGCUGUGCUCAUCGGUUUAUAAAUACUUUUCCAAAGUUUGUAUCUGUAUCUUGUCUGAGCCAAGAUCAGGGGGGGGGGGGGGUCAGAAUCAGCCCCUCUCCCAGAUAUAGCAUAGCCAAAAAGUCCUGCCUGAUUAGGGUUAAAGAUUGAUUACUGUUAACAAAUAUCCUUUUUGUUUUUUCUUAUAAUUGUAUAGAUAACAAAGAAGCUGGCAGGUGGCGUUGCCAACACGGCCCAUUGGAUGACCAAUGUGGCAAAUGAAAGGGGACAAGUCCUCAACAGUGUUCUGACUACUGGAGAGGGUGCUGGUCUGGAUGCUCUGUGCCAGGGUAUUGUUGAACGCUAUAAGGAUGCUUUAGAGCCAGAGCCUGAUGUCAUAUAUGUGGACAGAGACUGCUGCAGUGCUUCAGGUAAACCAGCGGUACUCUCAUUGUUUCGGCCAUGGAGAACUCAGGUGAGGCUAGACAUAUUUCACUUUAUGCGUCGCUUCGUGACUGGUCUCACCACUGAGCACCAUCACCUCUUUCAGACCUUUUUAUCAAAGAUUUCAAGCUGCAUCUUUGAGUGGGAUAGGGUUGAUAUCGAGAAGCUGCGAGAGGCCAAAAAGAAAGACCUAACAAAGAGUGGCCGAAUGCCUACAGAUGCACAGGUGACUGCAAGUAUAACUACAGCAGAACUGGCCAAGCACUGCAGACGGCGAACAAGGGGAGCAGAAGAGACAGGCAGACUGAUUCAGGGUGUCUUAGACGCAAUGUGGGACUCCACAGACAGUACUGGUCUUCCCCUCAUAAACCAUACCAGCAUGGAUAAGGUAUGGCAGGUGCAGAAAAAACAUCUGCCCUGCAUCCAGGAUGUGCCUGGUGUUGACCUAUACACCCAAGUUGGCCACGUAUACAAGGGUGGGCAAAAACUCCAAGUUUUACGAUGCGCCAGAGGGUCAUCCUCACUGGAGAGCUUCCAUCGCCACCAGUGCAGCUUUGUUCCUGGUUGGAGAUGUAACGCCAUGCACAUGCAGAUGUAUAUGUUGGAAGGUGGGGCCCGCUGGAAUAUAAACAGGGGGAAGGACGCUCUGGACAUUAGUGACAACAGUGGAACGAGGCUCUAUGACGUCCAAAUGAUGACAACAAUCAACAGUAUGUCCCGGAGGAUCCUGGGAUCGGACCUCAUUCCGGAGUUCCAGACACCAGGAAAACCAACAGGUAAAAGCAAUAUGAAACAAAUUUUUCUGUCCAGUUAUGCACAUAAGAGCCCCAUUUCAUAUGCUGGGAAUGAGAAGAUCGCUGUGGAGUAUCUGUUUGCUCAGUCUGGACGAGGGGAUCUUCUUGCCCCAGAGCAGAGCCCUGAUCUAGGUUCUAGAAUACCAGAUGUUCAAGAAGAGGAGAAGGUGGAGGAGAGUUUGGAUGACAGAACUGUUUGUGGAGCUGUUGAUGUUAACCUGGACAUCACCCAAGUUGCAAAAAGGCAGGUGUCAGUACCUGCAGAGCAGCAGGAGCCACCAAUAACUGCAGAGCUCCAGCAGCAGGACUCACAAACACCUUUAGAGCAGCAAGAAACACCAUCACCUGCCCAUUCACCCACUCUGCCUCCUGAAUCUACACCACAAGAGGACACAUGCUCUGACCACAGAGGAAUACCAGGUUGGAAGGCAAUAGACAAGUUAGCGGCAUAUCUGGUCAGUUUGAAGAGAGAUAUUACUGCCCUAGCGGGCAGUGACGAACACCAGAUUAUUAGACUGUACAACCUCCUUGAUGAGGCAGACAAGGCCCCAUUUGUCUAUGGUCCAAAAUCAAGGAGGAGAUCUCUCCAGGGUCCAUGGAGGGCCUCUAGAAAAAGAAGUGGGGCUGCACCAGGUGUUCAGGCUGCUGAAAGACUGUAUUUGUCUGGUGGUGUGGCUGCAGAGAAACCAGAUUCAAACAGGUUGACAGAGUGCCUCUGUCUCCACCUGUUUAAGGAGUUUAGUCUUGCCAGAAACAGACCAAGGGAUGCCCAAGGAAAGAUCCUCCCCACCCCCCAGGCCAUUGUGCAUACGUAUCAGCACAUAAAACAGCUGGUAGAAGAAAGUAUGGUUUUGCAGAGGGACACUGAUCUUGUGUUAGUGACAUUAAACAACACUACUGUCACCACCUGGUAAGAUUUUGCCCCCAAAAAAUAUUUCAUCUAAAUCCUAUGUAAAAAGAAAUGCACUUGAAGUUUUAAAUGAUUACAUAAACUCACUUUGAGCCAAAGGUCAGUGAUAUCAAUGUUUGGUUUGCCAUAGUCCAUAAAAUGGUAAGAAAAUUUAUUCGAUAGCCAGAUUUCAACCUAACUUUGAUUUGUAUGUUUAGACUAACUUGUAUGUUUAUACUAACAUGUAAACAGUUUAGGCAUUUUUUUAAAGCUUGUUGCCUCAAGACAUUCAGAAUCUGUUAUUGGUGGGAUAUGACCUUUGGGCAUAGUGCUUUCAAAUGAAUAAAAUCACCAAAAGGAAAAUUAAAUGUGCCUUCAGCAUACAAAAAUAAAAUGCAUACGGAAAUGCAAAAUGAAUAAAAACAACCUUUUGCACAGUUGAAAUUAAAAAACUAAAAGCAAGUUUGAUACCUAGUGGUAGCAACUAAGGACCAUGCGUUGACCUUUUUUUUUUAAAUGGGACUAUGAAAGAUUGCGAUCACUACAUGAAGUUCUUGCCUGCGAUCAAUUAAAAUCACAAAUCAACACGUAGCGCAGGUGAUGCAAUUUUUUAAUGUUGGGGGUGGACUAGCGGCCUCCUGGACCAUGAAAGGGCAUCAAUAGGUUGAUUCCUGGAAGUGGUUAAUGGCUAUGGGCACUCUUGGUCUCGGUAAUAAGGAGGAAAUAAACUGCAGAAAAUGGGGGAAGAGAGUGAUGCAAACAAUUUCAGAAAGAAUCGACUUGUUAUUUCAAGUCUUCUAAUAUGUAACACAUCCAUUAACUUUGUCACUAUUGAUUUCUAUUUUAAAAAAAAGUUUGGACUUUCAGUAGCCUUACCAUACCAUGGUGGUGUUCCAUAAAGCCGUCCAUAAGUUGCGAAUGACUUUACACGUACAAUUGAUGAUACUUUCUAGUGCUGUAUGUAAAUGAAUGAGAAUCUUUGAUUUCCACCUGAGAACAUUUACCAGUAUUUCGUAACUUAUAAACAGCUUUAAUGAAACAUCCCCAUGACAUAUAUAUGUAACACUACUUCUGUGAAGCAGAUUAUGCACGUAAUGAAAUGUACUGGUACCAGGUUUUGCAAGGACACUGCAUUGAACAAAACUUUACCUAAUUUAGCUAAUGUAUCUACUUUGUAAAUUUGAGCACAAUCAUUUCCAGGCCUUAGUAGGUAAAAAUUAUCAGAAACUUUAAUAAAAAGUUUUUGGUUUUCAUUUUUUAGUGGUUGCAUCCAUGGAGUAUAAUUGUACUGGUCUAUAUUUCCAUUUUGAUUUCAGGCUGCACAAACGACAGAAGAAGAUACAGGCCACAACUCUUCUGCAAGGUGUGCACUUCCCGGAAACUCAAACAGUUGCAAGCGAGCCACUUCCCCUACCGCGGCAACAGCCCACUGAGCUGCAAACUCAUGGACACCGGGAAAUGGAGUUUGAGGAACCUCCAAACCGAGAGGGAGAGAUGGCUCCUCCUAGAUCCAAAAAACGGAAAGCAACCCAGUCAGGGCCUCCAGAACUUCAGUCACCAGCUCCAUUCCCAUUUUACCCCCACUAUUAUCAAUUUCCCCCUUUUCCCCCUUUCCAUGCAGCCAGGCCAACGAUGCCCCCUCAUCAGCCAUACCCAUGGUAUAACUUUCCCUCUGGCUCAAGCCAAGAAGAGGGAAAUGUUAACAUAUCUCGCCAUGCUAGGUGGAGAAGAGAGAAGGCCCGACAAGAAGAUAUGGAAAGGGCUGCAAGAGGAGAGCCACCCCUUAAAAGGUACAAAAAGGGAAAGGGCACAUACUCAUGUUCAAAGUGCAAUCAAAGUAAAACGAAGGAAACAGGUCACACACAAUUCCAGGGAAAAUGGUUCUGUCCAAGCGAAGGACAGACUUUGGAGGAAUGGAAAGAGUUGGUGAAAAAAAAGUAAUACUGACUGUCUGACUCUUUCAUUGAAUCUCCAUACAUAUAUCCCUUCCAUAUAGGUACUAUUAUAAUGUAUUGUCUACCUUGAAUGCUGCAUUGUGACCCGAAUAUGACAAUUUUAGUGGGCCAAAAUGAACAAAUAUCUUUUUUUAAAAAGAAAGAGACAAUGUUCUUGCUUCUAAAUACUGAAAAGACAGACUUUUUUACCCUCGUACAAAGACCUAUAAAAAAGAUUUUAAAGUUGAUUCUCCCUUGAAUAUUUUGUUCACACUUUUGGCAGCCAAAUUUUAAUUGAGUUGCGAUCCUUUUUGUAUGUGCUGCUGUCGCAGCGUGGUAUCCUCGGUGUUAUGGUAUCACAAGAUGAGUAUAGUAGCAUUUUUUUUACCUCAUAAUAGCUGAACAUGUGUAUGUAUUCAGGUCUUGUCAUGUAUUCUAAAUUUGCCAGUUAGUCUCAGGAAAUGUACUUAGUGGUAAUGUUAAGUGCAGUGUGAUAUUAAGGAAUAUCAGAUUGAAGAAAUAUUUUAUUGAAACACUCUUCAGUUGUACUACUCUUGUCAUUCAUUCCGUACUUGCCAACCAGUCUCAAGCAAUAUAUCUACUUUCAUCAGAUUUGUUUUUGUAAACAUCUAUUUAUAAUGUAUAUGCGAUUUAUAAUGAGGAGAAACGAUUUUGCAUACUAAGACAUUUCACUGUACUUCAGGAAUCAUUUAGUAAAAACUUGACCAUCUCAGGAUCUCAGUCUCAUACUCAAAUUUUGAAAUGCUUUUUUCAUCUUAAGGUGAGAGGCAAUUUGUCUUUUCAAGAUUUUUGAUAUUGUAUUUUUAUGGACAAAUAAUGAUGUUCAAGACACAUUUUUGUAAUGUGUCAGAAACUGUUGCCUUUUGUAAUGGCAUAUUAGGAAAUAGUUGAACUACUUCCACAGAUUUGACCAAUCUUAAUGAAAAAGGGGGAAACAUUAGUCUUGAAGUUGUGUAAGACACAUUUUUUUAAUAUGUUGAAAAGUGUAAUACCAUUGGUAAUGGUGAUUAUGGCAAUAAUCAGAUAAAAAAUUUGGGGAUUAGAAUGAUUUUUCAGAUUUUGAACUGUAGACAUAAUAGCAUGUAAUGUCAAUGAAUGAGAACAAUAUUGGGAUUGGACUAAUUCCUCAGAUUUUGAACAAUGAUCAGGAAAUGUGGCAUGUUCAUAGCUUCUUAUAAUGAUGGUCAAGACCCAUUUUUGUCUCUCCUGCAUAGCAGAGCAAGACUACAGG